UAUUACACAUUUUUAUUGGUACUCAUCAUCAUUUUAUGACAAAAAAAAUCUUGUCAAUAUAUUUUUUUGAAUUUUUUUUGUUUGGUUUGAGAUCAUGGAGAUAGAGGUGACAAGUAGUAGUAAUGAUAUUGAAAAAGGUGUAAUGCAUAGUCAAGGUGUUGCAUAUUUAGUAUGGGAAGAUUUAACAGUAAUGUUGCCAAAUUUUGGUCAAGGACCAACUAAAAAGUUGUUACAUGGAUUAAGUGGUUAUGCUGAACCAGGUAGAAUUAUGGCUAUUAUGGGUCCUUCUGGUUCUGGAAAAUCUACACUUCUCGAUACGUUAGCAGGUAGGCUUUCGACUAAUGUCGUAAUGACUGGAAAUAUUCUUCUUAAUGGGAAGAAGAGGAGGUUGGACUAUGGUGUUGUUGCUUAUGUUACUCAAGAGGAUACACUGUUGGGAACUCUAACACCUAGAGAAACAAUAACUUAUUCAGCACAUCUUCGACUUCCAACUAGGAUGACGAAAGAAGAGGUAGACGAUAUUGUGGAGGGAACAAUAAUGGAAAUGGGGCUCGGAGAUUGUGCUGAUCGGCUGGUAGGAAAUUGGCAACUAAGAGGAAUAAGUGGUGGGGAGAAAAAGAGAUUAAGCAUUGCACUUGAAAUACUUGUACGACCUCGUAUACUUUUUCUUGAUGAACCUACUACUGGUCUUGACAGUGCAUCAGCAUUCUUUGUUGUUCAAGCUCUUAAGAAUAUUUCUCGCGAUGGAAGAACAGUUAUCUCGUCAAUUCAUCAGCCUAGUAGCGAAGUUUUCGCCUUGUUUGAUGACCUCUUUCUGUUGUCUGGUGGAGAGGCUGUAUAUUUUGGAGAAGCAAAAUUGGCAGUACAGUUCUUUGCUGAAUCGGGAUUUCCAUGUCCAAGUAGGAGAAAUCCAUCUGAUCAUUUCCUACGUUGUGUUAAUUCAGACUUUGACGUUGUUACAGCCACACUGAAAGGCUCACAAAGACUCCGGGAAACACAUAAAAGUGACUACUUAAUGAACAUGGCAACAGCAGAAAUAAAAGAAAUGCUUGCCAGCAAAUAUAAGCAUUCACCAUACGCAACGAGGGCCAGGUCACGGAUGCGAGAACUCUUAGCCACUCAAGGUGUUGAGAUUGAGAUAGUAAAAGGAAGUCAAGCUGGUUGGGGAAAACAACUUUUGACAUUGACGCGGAGAUCAUUUGUAAACAUGUCAAGAGACAAGGGAUAUUAUUGGUCUCGUAUAGUAAUUUAUAUUAUUGUAGCUUUUGCCGUUGGUACCCUCUUCUAUGAUGUUGGCACCAGUUACACAGCAAUCUUGGCUCGGGGAGCUUGUGGUGGAUUUGUCACCGGCUACAUGACUUUCAUGUCCAUUGGUGGCUUUCCAUCCUUCAUAGAAGAAAUGAAGGUUUUUACCAAAGAAAGGCUUAACGGACACUAUGGUGUUGCAGCUUUCGUAUUGGCAAACUUCCUCUCAUCAUUUCCAUUUUUAGUUGCAGUUUCACUCCUCACUGGAACCAUCACCUAUUACAUGGUGUUUCGGGCUAGAUUCUUCCGUUAUGUGUUUUUCUGCUUAAAUCUUUUUGGUUGUAUCGCUGUUGUUGAGAGUUGCAUGAUGAUUGUAGCUUCACUUGUUCCAAACUUCUUAAUGGGAAUCAUAACAGGAGCUGGUGUGCUUGGAAUCAUGAUGAUGACUGCUGGAUUCUUCCGUCUACUGCCAGAUCUUCCCAAGCCAAUUUGGCGCUAUCCAAUUUCAUUCAUUGGCUACGGGGCAUGGGGUUUACAGGGAUCAUACAAAAAUGACAUGAUUGGGCUUGUAUUUGAUCCACUAAUUCCUGGCGGAGAGAAACUAAAAGGGGAAGAUGUGAUCACAAACAUGUUCAAACUGUCGUUGGAUCACUCCAAAUGGUGGGAUUUACUUGCAUUAUACUCCCUCAUCGUGAUGUACAGGGUUCUUUUCUUCAUUAUUCUCAAGCUAAAAGAACGAGCUACACCAUUUUUCCGAUCAAUGUAUGCCAAGAGAACGAUGCAUCAACUCAAAAGGCGCCCGUCAUUCAAGAGGAAACCAUCUUUAUCUUAUUCAAAAAGGCAACAUGCUCUCAGGUCAUUGUCUUCUCAAGAGGGUCUUAGUUCUCCAAUCCCAUAG